UAUGAUUUUUGUUUUUGUUUAUUUUUUUAUUUCUUUUACAAAAAACUUAUUGUUAUUGUAAAUUUGUCCUAGUUGAUAGUUAAGUAAACAACUAAACUAGAAUUUAUAAAUAAAAAAUAUAAAAUAUGGAUGAAAAACAAUUAAUAAAUGAAAUUUGUCAAUUAAAAAAAUUGCUAAAAGAAAAAGAGGAUCAACUUGCUAAAAUUCAAUAUGAUAAACAGCCAAUGCAAAAAAAUGAAUUAAAUAAUGAAGAAAUUGCAAGAUACAGUAGACAAAUAUUAAUGCCAGAAAUUGGAGUAAAAGGUCAAGUGAAACUUAAAAAAUCAUCUGUAUUAAUUGUUGGAGCUGGUGGUUUAGGAUGUCCAUCAAGUUUAUAUCUUGCUGGAGCUGGAGUUGGACAUAUUGGAAUUGUUGAUUAUGAUGAAAUUGAAAUAACAAAUCUCCAUAGGCAAUUGUUGUUUACAAUAAGUGAUAUUAAAACUUCAAAAGUUGAUGCUGCCGCUCAUCAUUUAACAAGACGUAAUGCAAAUGUCCAAGUAACACCAUAUAAAAUUCAAUUAGACAGUAGCAAUGUACUGGAUAUUAUUAAAAAUUAUGAUGUUGUUUUGGAUGCAACAGACAAUGUUCCAACAAGAUAUUUGUUAAAUGAUGCUUGUGUUUUUUCUGGCAAGCCUUUGGUAUCAGCAUCAGCACUAAAAAUGGAAGGACAAUUGACUGUUUAUAAUUAUGAUGAUGGACCAUGUUACAGAUGUAUUUAUCCAAAACCACCACCACCAGAAACUGUGACAAAUUGUGGUGAUGGUGGAGUACUUGGUGCAGUUGUUGGAACAAUUGGUGUACUACAAGCUCUUGAAGCUUUAAAAAUAAUUUUAAAUAUGCCAGGUGUUUUAUCACAAAGACUCUUAGUUUUUGAUGGUUCUGAAUCAAUAUUCAGAAAUAUACGUUUACGUUCUAAAAAUAAUAAUUGCCAAGUGUGUAGUUCAAGUCCCAGCAUAACAGAAUUACAAGAUUAUGAAGAAUUUUGUGGCAGUAAAGCAAAUGAUAAAGAUCCAAAUUUAAAACUUGUUGAUGAUAAUGAUAGAAUAACAGUUGAAGAUUAUAAUAAAAUAAUUAAUUCAUCAAUUAAACAUGUACUUAUUGAUGUUAGAUCAAUUGAAGAAUUUGAUAUUUGUCAUCUUAAUGAUGCUAUUAAUAUUCCCUACACAAAUAUGAAACAAAAAUCAACUGAAAAAACAGCACAUGAUUUGAUACAAAAAAUAUUGGAGCUUGAUGAAAAACAAAAUGUAUAUUUAAUAUGUCGACGAGGAAAUGAUUCACAAAGAGCAACAAAACUUUUACGAGAUUCAUUAAAAAAUACAACAAAUAUUGAUUUGAAAAGAAUCAAAGAUAUAGCUGGUGGUAUUAAUGCUUGGAGUCGUGUCAUUGAUCCAUCAUUUCCAAUUUAUUAA